CUCGGAAGAGCCUUCGAACCUUCCAAUAUCACCGGCUUCAUUAACAUCUCUCACACUAGCAACGAUGGCUUCCGCAUCAAUCACUAGAGACAUCAAACCGCUCCGGUCGACACUUCAAGACCAAAUCGAGGAACUCUCAUCCGCGCCCCACGACCACACCAUCCACAGCUUGGCUGUUCUUCUUCCACAGCUAGUUACCUCGAUCUCGGCAACAGGCGACCGAGUCAUAACUCACCCCGAGUACGAAGGAACAGGCAAUCUGGAUGACUUGGGACGAAUCUACCUCAAAGCUGCCGAUCGAUGCACUACAGAGCAUGCGUCAUUUAGCAUCCGCCUCCUACAUGUGACUCUGGACAGCAUGAUGGAAGGCCUCUAUGUAUCAAGUCAAACCCAACUCCGAAACGGUCUAAAGGACGGAACUGUCAACAUGCCUCCCUCAGAAGCAGAAGAGUGUGCUUGUUGCAUGGGUGAGCCUUUUGCGGUGAUUCUUGCUGGAUUUCACGAGAAAGAGGCAUUGCUCUUCUGGGAAGACGAAUACCGAGCCAUUUGGGGAGACGAGGAGACCCAGGGAGGGCGUUAUGGGGCCGGGAAGCGUUGGCUUCGUGCGUCCAUGGAGCAGGUGGAACGCGCCAUGGCUCGCGAGACUCCGUUGAAUGGGAAGCUUUAAUCACUUCAUCUGUACACCCCAGAGUGCAUCCAGACGUCGAUCUACGCUUAUGUUAUUAUACACCAGGGGGCUAGUUUUGCUUGUGAAACCACAAGGCCACCUUGUUUUAUUUCAACCACUUACGAGAUACUUCAGCAAUCCAUCUAGCUCCUGGUUUAUAGAAGAGCUCCCAAUGAACAGCCGCGCCGGAUGCACUGUCCGCAACGUAUUCAUUAGGCACGUUGGAUCAAUAAUUCCUUCUCGUAGAUUAGCUUAGUCUAGUGAUCCCAGAACAUACAUCCUCUAUAUUCCCCCCUACAAUUCAGUAGAAAAGAUUGCCAUAGCCAUGAAUGAAGGGGAACC